AUGGGGAGUGAUUCAGUGAAGCGAACCAGGAAGCGAGGCAAAUGCAAAGCUCACCAGCUGGCUGCCUAUAUUUCAUCUGUCAUCUCUUUGAAGGAGUGUACAACAGCACUUGAGAACCAUGUGCUUGCAGACGCCACAUCUCAUAAACUAGACACUGAAGAAUCAGAGGAUGACUUUCUGCAUGCUGAAAGCUCUCAUUUGGAUGGAGGUCAAGUGGCCACGGUAUCAGAUGGUGUUUCGGACUUGCAGGAUUUACAAAGAAGAAUUAAAGCUAUUGAAAAGGCAAUGGUGGAAAAGGAAAGGCAUUUUUCCACAAAUCAGGUAGGAAAGAAAUUCGGGGAUGGGGUUGGUAACACUACGAAGAAGCGUGAAAUAUCUGGCUCAGGAAAUGAAAUUCUGACAAAAGACAUCAUUCUUGAUCAGAUAUCAGAGUGUUCAUCCUAUGGGAUAAGCAGAAGAGACACCAUAGAGGUUGAUGGUCAGAUGCUUGAGUUGUGGGAAACCACUGACCAGGAUGCCUGCAUUGAUUUGAUGGUUGGGCCGCUGUACCAACUGACCACAGUCAGACUGAAGCAUCUCAACGAGCGUCUCACGACUCUAUAUGCUAAGUUCCCGGGAGCUGGUUCCUUGAAAACUCUUCCCUCUCCUGUCUUUGAGGAAUUCCACGUGCAAGAAGGCAACAAGAGAAGGAUUCUAGAAAGAUUUGAUUCUGAUGUACAAAAGUGGACAAACCUUCAAAUAACCGUGGAAGACCUGAAAAGGAAGGUGGAGAUUACUGAAAAGAGCAAAAAGGGCAAAGGCAUUGAAUUUGAAAACGUGAAGGGGCAGCUGGAAGAAGCUGACGAGGCCAUCACUAAGUUGUUUGAUGUCAAUAAAAAAUUGAUGAAGAACGUUGAAGAUGCUCCUCUGUUCUCUGAUGGAGUUUUUGGGGUAGUGUCGGAUGAAAGUGGGGGUGUGAGAAGAAGGAGACUUUCAGAGCAAGCAAAAAGAGGGUCUGAAAAAAUCGGGCGGCUACAGUUGGAGGUGCAGAAACUGCAAUUUCUUCUACUGAAACUUGAUGGUGAAAAAGAAAGCAGAGGAUCAACAAGGAUCACGGAGCGGAAAACAAGAGUUCUUCUGAGGGACUAUAUCUAUGGUGGCAAUAGAACCAACCAGAAACGCAAGAAAGCGCCCUUCUGUGCAUGCAUACAGCCCCCGACCAAGGGAGAUUGA